AUGCCAGGCACCAGCAGGAGGAGGUGCUAUGUGGGCUCCAGUGACUACGGUCUACCCAGACCCACAAACUGUGCCGAGAGCAAGCGGACCUGUGCCAUCUACAAAGACCAGACCACCAACGUGGUCCACUGGACUUGUGUGGCCAAUAAUGAUGGCAAAUGCAAUUCCACUGCUAUUGUUGUCUCAGCUACCACUAAUAGUGAAUACCUUUGCUGCGGCACCAAUCACUGCAAUGUGGCCAGCCUAGGAUUCACAGUGUUAGCAGGCCCAUUAACAAGUAAUACUACUAAUACCACAGCCGGGCCUGAGGGUGAGGCUGAGGGCGAAGCUGAGGGUGGAGUUGGGACAACGGCAGUGGCAAAGUCAGCGGCUGCUCUCUCCCAUCCAGUGAUACUCCUGGUGCAGGCAGCACUGGCCAUGGCAGUAUCCGUCGCCCUACUAUAAAAAACUCCGUGAACAGAUUGAAAACACUUGAUUGACUUGGCUGAUUAUGACCUUAAGCUUUCGACCUUCCCUCGGAGUUUAAGUGAAGCUUACUGACAAGUUGAAUUGGGCGUUUUCUCUGUUUUGCAAAUAAAUGACAGCAUGAAUAAAACAGAAAAUUAUCAUUAAAUUAUUUCUUCAAAAUUUCAUCCCUUCCUGAGGAGUGCAGUGAAUUUCAAGAUGGACAGAUUGCCUGAGCAGAAUUGAUGUGCCUUUUGUAUCAAAGGAAACAGAAAAUUGAUUAUAAGAACUUGUGCAAAUCUGGAUACUCUUGGGUAUAUGAUAUAUUUGUUUAGAGCAAUGUUCAGUUAAAGCCUUUUUAGAUAAAUUGAAUGUGGAAAUAAGAACAUUAACAUCAAUGUCAUCACAUUUUGUUUGGUAAAGGAGAACAUUGCAGUGCAAAAUUGAUGGGCCUGAGGUAUCAGAAUUCUAAAUUU